GAUCUUUUUAUAUCUUUAUGGCAGAGUGGUGGCUGUUAUAUCACAUUAGGCUUAAUACCAAGAUUUCACCGCUUUAUUAAGUGGGUAACUGUGUGGUUACCAUGGUAAAUCUUCGAAAGGGCAUGUGUAAGCGCAAUGAGCGCGUGGCUUCGGGGCGGGUGGUUGUCGGGUCCAUCAUCACAGUCCAGUUACCCACGACUGUACGACUUACAGCACAGAAAAAGCCUCGUCGCUCAUGCACCUUGACUCAGCGUCAACACCGCACGCUCAACCGGUGCAUUCGGUCAUUUUGAGAAGCUUGACUGUGCGGUAAUGUGCGUUUCGUGCCUUCACUGCUCGGUGUUCCAGCACCGCGCCCGGAUGGAAAUGUGUCUUCCGGGGAAAAGCAUCUUUCAGCCAACGAGACACCGAGCACAACACUUCGCGCAGCCUGGACAUCUGCAACUUUCAACAGAAGCUCGUGCCUUUUUAAGAGCGCGCGCGAUUUGAGACGAACAUCUAUGGCCAAACUUACGCGUCCAAGAGGGGAGAAGAGCCGUGGAAUAUCUGACCGAGGCCCGUAAGAUCGCAGACCCCUCGUUUUUUUGCCAUUUCAUUCUGAUCUUACUGCCGUCAUUCAUGGAUGUGCACGCAGAGGCGGGUCCGUUGCACGUGCAGGCGGUGGAUGAGCCACCGGGAGGCGCCACCGUGACCGUCACCGCCGCGCAGUUUCAGCCCCAAACUGUGCCGGGGAGCGACGGCGAGGAUGUCCUGCAGGAACCGGGCGCUGGAGUUCAGACACCGUCACCGGCAGCCGCGGAGGCUGAUCCUAUCACGGAGAUCGAGAGCGAGGAUGGAGCGUGCGCAGGGACGGACACACUGCUGGAGGACAGCGGCGGACAGAGCGCGGUGAAAACGGAGACAGUGGGCUCCAGCUGCAGCAACGAGAGCUGUAUCCCGACACCUGGAUGUCGGAUCUGCUUUCAGGGAGCCGAGCAGGGGGAGCUGCUGAGCCCGUGUCGCUGUGCUGGCUCAGUUCGACAUGCCCAUCAGCAAUGUCUGCUUAAGUGGAUCAGUGAGAAAGGCUCCUGGAGCUGUGAACUCUGCAACUACAGAUUCAACAUUCUGCCUAUACAUAUCAAAUCACCACAACAGUGGCAGAGAGUCACCAUGACUCUGGUGGAGAAGGUUCAGGUUAUUGCAGUGUUUCUGGGUGGGCUCUUCCUACUGGCCAGUGUGUCCUGGUUGCUGUGGUCAGCACUGAGCCCGGAGGCAUUAUGGCAGCGCAGUGACAUCCUGUUCCAAAUCUGCUAUGGCAUGUAUGCAGUCAUGGACCUUGUGUGUAUUGGUCUGAUUGUUCAUGAAGGCGGCGCUGUUUACAAUGUGCUUUUACGAUGGCGGGCUGUAAACCUCUUAUGGGAUGUCCAGAACUACGAUAAAAGCAGAGACCUAGAGAACACACACAGCCCUCACCGCAACCUAUGGUUACCCCUCACACACACACACAGGGUGUCGAACACACAUACGCAAACCACCCGACUGGAGUCAUCUCCUCGUUGCCCGCUCCACCUCUUUUCCAUGUGCCUGAACGGGACCACCAACCUCUCGCCACAGGAGCAGGGCUCGGGCGAACUCGUUGUCAGAGUCACGUCAGUUUGACCUAUCGGUAAGCCCCGCCCUCUCUUAGUUUGCUACUGUUGUGAACUCAGACAAAUAAAGAGAGUUGCUAACUU